AUGUCGGUGAGUGGGGAGCGGCUGCGGCAUCCGCUGGCGGAGCGCCUGAGUGCCGGGUUCGAGCACCGCUACGGGGACGGCUUCGUGGUGACGCGGCCCGGCGGCCUCGUCAUGCCCGCAGAGUUCCUGCUGGACGCUCAGCGCAUCCACGACUUCCCCGUCAGGCAGGACGACGUCUGGCUCGCCACAUUCCCCAAGUCAGGUACGACCUGGACGCAGGAGCUGGUGUGGCUUCUGAUGAACGACCUGGACUUCGAGACGGCUAAGGAGAUGUGCGUCACCAAACGGUUCCCGUACCUCGAGUCCCGUGUUUACUGUUGGCGGCAGGCACGUGAGCCUGGUGCCCGCGGCGGCCAGGCAGGGCGCGCCGGACACCAUCAGGCAGGCAGCGGACCAGCCGCCGCGGGCACCAGGCUCAUCAAGAGCCGCCUGCCGCCGGCGCUCCUCCCCAGGCAGCUGUGGACCGUCAAGCCCAAGAUCAUAUACGUCGCCAGAAGUCCGAAAGACGCCGCCACCUCGUUCUACUACCACAACUGCCUCAUCCACGGACUCAAACUCUCACUGGACGAGUUCCUCGAGUGUUUCCUCGCUGACUGUGUUCAAUUCACUCCCUACUGGACAAGCGUCCUGGAAUUUUGGAAACUGCGGAAUGAGCCGAAUAUCCUGUGGAACACCUAUGAAGAAAUGAAACAGGACCUGGGCGCCGUGAUCCGGAAGACGGCCGCCUUCCUGGACAAGGAGGUGACGGAGGAGCAGGUGCGGCAGCUGGAGCAGCACCUGAGCUUCAGCAGCAUGAGGGACAACCCGGCCACCAACUACGGCGGCGUCGUCGAGGCCUUCAUGCGCGAGGGGCAGGUGGGCGGCUCCAGGAGGCGCAUGUCGCCGGAGAUGGACCACCGCUUCGACCAGUGGAUCCGCGACCACGUGCGCGGCACCGGCUACUCGGGGCCCCUCUGA